AUGUCCACGCAGAGACUUCGGAACGAGGAUUACAAUGACUACAGCUCCACGGACGUGAGCCCAGAGGAGAGCCCAUCCGAAGGCCUAAACAACUUCUCUUCCCCUGGCUCUUACCAGCGGUUUGGGGAAAGCAACAGCACAACAUGGUUCCAGACUUUGGUCCACUUGCUAAAAGGCAACAUUGGCACCGGCCUCCUGGGGCUGCCUCUGGCAGUGAAGAAUGCAGGCAUCUUGAUGGGUCCCCUCAGCCUGCUGGUGAUAGGCAUCGUGGCUGUGCACUGCAUGGGUAUCCUGGUGAAAUGUGCUCACCACUUCUGCCGCAGACUGAACAAGCCCUUUGUGGACUAUGGGGACACAGUGAUGUACGGACUGGAAUCCAGCCCCAGCUCCUGGCUCCGGAACCACGCGCACUGGGGAAGGCACCUGGUGGACUUCUUCCUGAUUGUCACGCAGCUGGGGUUCUGCUGUGUCUACUUUGUCUUUCUGGCUGACAACUUUAAACAGGUGAUCGAAGCGGCCAAUGGGACCACCAACAACUGCCACAACAAUGAGACUGUGAUUCUGACGCCCACCAUGGACUCCCGACUCUACAUGCUCACCUUCCUGCCCUUCCUGGUGCUGCUGGUUUUUGUCAGGAACCUCCGAGCCCUGUCCAUCUUCUCUCUGUUGGCCAACAUCACCAUGCUGGUUAGCCUGGUUAUGCUCUACCAGUUCAUUGUCCAGAAUAUCCCAGACCCCAGCCGCCUCCCCUUGGUGGCUCCCUGGAAGACCUACCCUCUGUUCUUUGGCACGGCCAUUUUUGCGUUUGAAGGCAUUGGGAUGGUUCUGCCCCUUGAAAACAAAAUGAAGGAUCCUCAGAAAUUUCCGGUCAUCCUGUACGUGGGAAUGGCCAUCAUCACCGCCCUGUACAUCAGUCUGGGGUGCCUGGGGUACCUGCAGUUUGGAGCUAACAUCCAAGGCAGCAUAACCCUCAACCUGCCCAAUUGUUGGCUGUACCAGUCGGUCAAGCUGCUCUACUCCAUUGGCAUCUUCUUCACCUACGCCCUCCAGUUCUACGUCCCGGCCGAGAUCAUCAUCCCCUUCUUCGUGUCCCGCGUGCCCGAGCACUGCGAGCUGGUGGUAGACCUGUUCGUGCGCACUGUGCUGGUCUGCCUGACAUGCGUCUUGGCCAUCCUCAUCCCCCGCUUGGACCUGGUCAUCUCCCUGGUGGGGUCCGUGAGCAGCAGCGCCCUGGCCCUCAUCAUCCCGCCCCUCCUGGAGAUCACCACCUACUACUCGGAGGGCAUGAGCCCCAUCACCAUCGCCAAGGACGCCCUGAUCAGCAUCCUGGGCUUCGUGGGCUUUGUGGUGGGGACGUAUGAGGCCCUCUACGAGCUGAUCCAGCCAAGCAGUGCUCCUGUCUUCAUCAACUCCACCAGUGCCUUUGUAUAG